GUGCUCAGGCCCUUUCAUUUCCCGGACUGCUCGUGAGCUUGCUGGAGCACCUGCGAACCCUUCAUCAGGUGACCAUUCUUCCUUGCAAACCCCUUUUUCUGCGUCGCACUGUAAUAUUGUUUGAGUCGCCUCGUCUGCGUCUUAGGUAAGAUGGCGAAGUCCAAGAACCACACUGCGCACAACCAGUCCUACAAGAACCACAAGAAUGGUAUCAAGAAGGUUAAGAAGCAUAAAUACAUCUCAAGGAAGGGGAUGGACCCUAAGUUCCUGAGGAAUCAGAGGUAUGCGAAGAAGCACAACCAGACAGGUGCUGCCGAGGAGGUUGAGUCCGCGGAGGAGUAGAUCAAAUGUGGACACCUAAUCUUGUGAGGGGUAGCCUCGAUUUCUAGUCCUCCUGCCUCUGUGUUCACCUAUCAGAAUAUUAUUUCCUUUUGUGGGACUCUUCUCGUGCGUCUGUAAUUUUGCACUGAUUUUCUUGUA